GAGGGGAGGGGGCAGUGCUGGGGGAAUUGUCCUGGCUCAGUGGUCUGAGGUCCCCAAGGCGGACUAUGCUAUCUGUAUGGCACUCUGUCCUGGCUGUGCCUGGCAGUCCCUGAGGCAGUGCUGUUUGUGCCUGUGUUAGCCAGAAUCCGCUCUUUUGUAGAAAGGUCUGGCUUCUCCAGUAAGUUGCAGGCAGCACUCAAAAGCCAGGAUGUCUGGCUUGUCGUAAAAAUUGAGGCUGUCUGGCCCUGCUCGUGUGCCAUGGGGCCGAGAAGGCUCAGACCUGGGGCACACGUGCAGAGUUAGGCCUGUCUCCAUGUCUCCCGGGUGUUUUGCUCUGGGCUGACAGAUGGGCAGCACUGAGUGGGAGCUGGAGGGGCCCUGCUGCCAGACUUGGGCAGAAUUUGUAACUGUAAUUCUAGAUGUCGCUUCUAUUUUUAGGUAGGAGACUGGGGUUAAGAGAUAGGCCUCCUUGAGGUGGUCAAGGAAAACGCGUGGUGGGGCAGGCCCAGGAGUGCCAGGGGUGUGGGUGAGAGGGCUGACACCUUCCCACUGGGGUCAGCUGGCAGGCUUGUUCCCGGGUGACUCCAGUUGUGUUCACCCUUCUGGAGGGACAUUCUGAGGUCCCAGAAGUUCGUAACAGUGGGAAAUAAAGAUAGGCUCUUGGCUGGGACCGUGGGAGGUAGGCGAGCAUGUGCUUAGAUGCAGGAAAAGCAGACAGCAACCCCAGUGCCACCGUCCUAGUUCUGGAUCCUGUGAGACGGGUGCCAGGAAGGGUGGCUCGAGGCAUCUGGGGAGCUGGUACAUCUCCACACGUAAAGCUCCCAGCUGUUGACAGGGAGCAGGAGAAGGAGGUGCAAAACCGGAAGAGAGGCAAGAGGCCGAGGGGGCGGCCGAGGAAGCACACCGUGAUGUCCUCCUGUGGCCGGCGCUCCAAGCUCAAGGAACCCGAUGCUCCCUCCCAGUCCAAAUCCAGCUCCUCCUCAUCCUCCACGUCCUCCUCCUCCUCCUCAGACGAGGAAGAAGACAGCGACUUAGAUGCCAAGAGGGGCCCCCGGGGCCGCGAAACCCACCCAGUGCCUCAGAAGAAAGCCCAGAUCCUGGUGGCCAAGCCAGAGCUGAAGGACCCCAUCCGCAAGAAGAGGGGACGCAAACCCCUGCCCCCAGAGCAGAAGGCGGCCCGGAGGCCUGUCAGCCUGGCCAAGGUGCUGAAGACUGCCCGGAAGGACCUGGGUGUCCCGGCUGGCAAGCUGCCCCCUCCUCUCAGUGCCCCAGUGGCGGGCCUGGCGGCCCUAAAGGCCCACACCAAAGAGGCGUGCGGCGGCCCAAGCAGCGUGGCCACGCCAGAGGACCUGAGUGGCCUGAUGAAGGGCGUAGCAGGGGGCCCUGGCCGCGGCGGGCUCAGCUGGCAGAGCUCCAUCGUGCACUACAUGAACCGCGUGAGCCAGAGCCAGGCCCAGGCCGCCAGCAGGCUGGCACUCAAGGCCCAAGCCACCAAGUGUGGCCUCGGGCUGGACCUGAAGGUGAGGACGCACAAGGGGGGGGCUGCGCUGAGCCCCCCGGGAAGCAAAGGCCCAAAGGCCCCCAGCAGCGGGGCUGCAGAGCAGAGGCCGGGAAGUGCAGGGGGGCCUCCGCACAUCCACGGCACCCAGCCGGCACCCACCCAGGAGCUGAGCCUGCAGGUCUUAGACUUACAGAGUGUCAAGAAUGGCACACCUGGGGUGGGCGUGCUGGCCCGCCAUGCCAUGGCCACCAAGAACAUCCCCACCACUGGAAAAGCCACCGGGGGUGGUCCUGUCCCAGGGAGCUUAGCCAGCAUGCCCACGGAUGCCAGCAAGAACGAGAAAGCCUCCAGGGCUACAGCCCUGCCCACCCCCGCGGGCUCUAAGAGGGACUGUGUCAAGGGCCGCUCUGCCGCCAGCGGACAAGAGGGCCAUGCGGCCCCAGGAGACGUGCACAAGGCAACGGGGCUGUCUGAGAUGAGCACCGGGGAGGAGAACAGCAGUUCGGAUUCGGACCCCGACUCGGCCUCGCUGCCUGCUGCUGGGCAGAACCUAUCUGUGUCUGUCCAGACCAGCCAGGACUGGAAACCCCCCCGCAGCCUUAUUGAGCAUGUCUUUGUCACCGACGUCACCGCCAACCUCAUCACUGUCACAGUGAAGGAGUCUCCCACCAGCGUGGGCUUCUUCAACCUGAGGCAUUACUGAAGCCUCUGCCCCAGCUGCUCGGGGCUCUGGUCCUACUUUGAUAAGUGACCUCGGUCUGGGUCAGGGCCAAGGGGUAGGUGGUCUUUAGCGCAGGCUUGGAGGGGCCUUCUCAGACCCAGCCUUGUCCCCGGACCUGCGAUGCUGAGGUCCCGCCUCGCUGCGUUCCUACCUCUCUGGGCUACCUCGCCUCCUCUGUUGCAGGAAGUCUCGCUGGCUGCACGUGGCUUGAACCUCCUGGAAGAGCAGGUUCCUUUAGUGCGGCCUGUGUGGCAGGGUGGCAGCUGCUUUUGCUCCCAUUUCCUGGGCACAAGUGUCCAAGGGCUUUUGCUGGUCCACCUGGACCAUUCUCAGAGAUGGGGUAUUGGGGUGGAGGCGCCAGUGGGACUAUUCCAGGGAGGGUCCCCGUUGCCACUGCUGGCGCCUGGCUUUAGUUGUUGGCAGCCAUGGGGUGGGACAGGGCCCCAGAGAGCUUGGCUUGGGCACCAUCUAGCUCAGCAUAACACCCACAGCCCCCAGAAAUCCAGUGUGGAUGGGAGGGGCUGGUCCCUGAGGUCUGGGAGCGGACAGAGCAAACUCACUGCCCCCCUACCCAGGGGCCCCCAGAGUGUGCAUCCUGGCUCUGUCUGGAAGAGGUGCUCAGGCUGAGUGAUGUUCUCAGUGAUCAGGCCUCCUCCACUGCUGGGAUUUGUCUGUUAAGAAAGGACCAGCUCGGCCCUGAGAAGCACCUCCACCCUGCCAUGGGAGCCCCCAGGCACCAGAGCAGGUGGCUACAGCAGGCUUCUUGUGCCUGCAGACGCUGGCUCUGGUCCCACUGGCCACCUGCCCACAUGGUGUCCCCGACAAUCCUCCCCUCCACCUUUAGGGCUCCGUGUUCCGCUCCUCCUCGGAGAAGCAGUGUCCCUGUGCCAUCUGAGGAAGGUCCAGGUGGCCAGCCUUCAUCCCAGAGGCCCUGUCUGUGCUCCCCAAACCCCCACAACUACGUCUUGGCACUGUUCUGUGUGGUCCAUGACCCUAUCAGAACUCUGUUCUGAGACUGGUAGCGGUGGAGGUGGCAGGCAGUCUAGCCACUGGGUCUUAAUGUUGCCAAAAAAGGAAAGCCAGGGAGGUGGGUCUUAGCUUUUCACUCCCUAGUCACAUGUAGUCGGCCAGGCCACCACGGUGGGGCAUAUUGGAGUCGCCUUGAUUGCCUAAAAGGCUACCCUCAUCCAAGCCAGGCUGGACCAGAGUGGGCCUACAGGCUGUGAGUACAGCAGCCCUGCAGCACCUCACCCGCCACGCCAGAUGGGGAGGGCGGCCUUUGUGUAGCCAAAUGGAUUUCAGCAAUGUGCCUUUGCGGGUAGGGCUGUGUGGAGGGCUGCCCAGGUGUACAUCCAGCUCCAGCAUGCGGUGGCCUCGCUGCUGCUUCAGAAACUGCCCACCCCUGCAGACUGGAGGGCGCGGAUGCCCGGCAGCUGUGCUGGAGCGUGUUCAGGGCGGUCCAGGAGGAACCACCGCCCACCAGGGAGGGGAGGUUGCAGCCUGAUGGACAGCUGGCAGAGAUGGCCCACUGCUGCCACCCCAUUCCGUACCCGGCAGCCAGACUGCCUCCUUCAGGGACCUCCAGUUCCACAGCUGCCAGGCUCCUCACACCCUUUGGGGUGGCCCUGGGGUUCCAGGAGCUGUGGGAGAAGUGGGGGUGCUCUCCCCGGCGGCCAGGUCUCGCCAGCCCGUUUGGUGCCUUUUGUUUACCAACUACUUCAGUCCCAAAGUCGAAUCUGCAACCUUCCUCCAGCUGCUUUGCCUUUCCGUGUUUUCCUGGUGUCACGACCCAGAGGUUCUGCUGGGAAGCGCGCACACAGGCACGGGCACCCCAAGAGCGGCCCCAGGUGCUCAGAGGUCUGUUUACCAAUAAAUAAAAGUAGUACCUUUAUGUUUUUAUUUGCUGCUAUCUGUGUGUGUGUCGCUAGGCAGGGCCAUAUCUCACAAUGUGUCGUUAUCCCUGAGGGCCCCUCGGGAGCUGUGCCAUGUGUUUGUAUAUUGAGUGGAUGUUUGGACCCCCGUCUCGUCCCCUGUGUUGGACAGAAGAAGCGGCCAGUCUGCCCUCUGUUUUAGAGGUGUCGGCGUAUUUUUGUAUGUAUUUUUGGUACCAAAAAGAGCAUUCCUUGUUCUGGUCACACUCAGAAUCCUGACCCGUCCGGAGAGGACUCUGGGCCUGGGGCCUUCAUUAGGGGGAGAGGCAAGCAACAGAACUCUGAGCCAGUGCCAAUCACUGGCUUGAUUUGUGGUUUUUAAUUUAAAACACGUAUGCCACUUGUAAUUGCUUUAAACUAGGGCUGUUUGCUUUCUGAGCAGAGGACAAAAGUGUGGAUGUGAUCGCCCUGGGAAAACUUGGUCUCUGGGAACAGGGCAGCAGCCCCAUGUUAAUCCAGAUCGGGCCAGUUCAUGGGGAUGCCCUCCCAGGGUGCCCAUGGUUGGGAGGAGGCCUGGCACAGGAGAAGGUAGCGCCAGGUUUGUGCCCCGCGGCUUCCUGUGGCUGCGCUUACUAGGGUUUGUGGAAACUAACACUAGCCUAGGAGCCUAGGUUGCGGACUUUUUAGGCUGAUGUUAAUUUAUUUUGCGGGGAAAUACUUAGUAGAUGGUGUCAUGGGACUUCUUUUGUUAACACUUAGUAUAUCAAUAAAUCUAUUUUUAAGCA